AUGGCGAAACGACCAGCUGAAGACUCGCCUGGUGAACCAAUUGAGGUUGGCUCGCCAGCUGCAAAACGGCCCAAGAUCUAUUCUACAGACCAAACACCCGAGUCGAUCGACCAGCCGCGCGAUCUCGCAGAUAGAACAGAACAAAGAUGGGCGAGUGAUGAACGAAAGAGGAAUGAUAUAUCAGCUCCGACAGAUGAGGAAGAAAAAGAAACCGAAGAAGCGGAGCUAUCAGAUGUGGAGGAAAACGACAACCGCCAUAGAACAAUACGGCAGAAUGCGCCCCUUGAAGGCUACGACGAUUUAUACCUUGACACGAUACAGAGAGCUGCUCUCGACUUUGAUUUUGAGAAGCUAUGCUCUGUAUCUUUAUCGAAUAUCAACGUUUAUGCCUGCCUGGUGUGCGGGAAGUACUACCAAGGACGUGGACAUAAAUCGCAUGCCUAUUUCCAUGCGCUUGAGGUUGGACACCAUGUUUUUGUUAAUAUGGAGACAAAGAAGGUCUACGUGCUACCAGAAGGGUACGAGGUUAAGAAUAAGAGCUUGGAUGAUAUCAAAUAUGUGGUUGAUCCAUACUUCUCAAAGGAAGAAGUGGCCAAGCUAGACAAGGUGGUUAUAGAUGCGUUCGAUCUCUCAGGCAAACGUUACAGGCCCGGUUUUGUUGGAAUGAAUAACAUCAAGUCCAACGACUAUCUCAACGUAAUCGUUCAACUCCUUGCGCAUGUUCGCCCGAUUCGAAACUUCUUCCUACUCCACGAUUUCCCAGCACUGAGCACCCCCCAGCUCCCGCUACGAUUUGGCAUGUUGGUGCGCAAACUCUGGAAUCCUCGGGCAUUCAAAGCACACGUCUCUCCACACGAGUUACUACAAGAAGUCGCCAUCCGGUCUUCGAAGCGGUUCACCUUAACAAAGCAGUCUGAUCCGAUCGAAUUCCUCUCAUGGUUCCUAAACAACCUCCAUUUGACUCUCGGUGGUUCUAAAAAACCAUCAUCCAAACCAACCAGUGUAAUUCAGUCGGCCUUCCAUGGCAAACUUCGUAUCGAAAGUCAAGCUAUCACAGCUAGGUCGGAUAGCGCAAAUGCUCGUCUUGUCUUUUCCGAAUCAAGUACUACAACAUCCCAGGUUAACCCUUUCCUAAUGCUCACGUUGGAUCUUCCCCCUACACCUUUAUUCCAGUCUUCAAACAAAGACUCCAUCAUUCCUCAGGUUCCGCUUACUUCACUCCUAAGCAAGUACAACGGUAUUACGGCAUCCGAGAAGCUCUCUCAUCGAGUAAGACACCGGUUGUUACACCCACUUCCACCAUACCUUCUUUUUCAUAUCAAACGAUUCAGCAAAAAUAAAUUUGUAGCUGAGCGAAAUCCAACAAUCGUCACUUUCCCGUCACCUCACGGGCUUGACAUGUCACCAUACGUUGAACCAGACCCAUCUGUAUGGCCACCAGGAGAACCUAUCAUUUACGAUCUCGUGGCAAACGUCAUCCUGGAUGCAGCAGUGACUGCUCCAGGCGGGCCAGAAAAUGCUGCAAACAGUGCAGAAACGAGCAAAGAGUUAUCAGAGCUAGGACCGUCCGCACCUAGUGCGUCAACAACACCAGGAGCAGCAGCAGGGAACCAUAAGGUGUCAUGGCUGAUUCAGCUACAUGAUAAAGCUAUGGCUACAGAGAAUGCGCAACAGCAACAACAUAAGGGGCCUGAAUGGCUGGAGGCCCAGGAUUUGUGGGUGAAACGUACGGAGAGCGAGACCCUAUUUACACGUGAGGGAUAUUUAAUGGUUUGGGAAAGGAGAAAAACCAAACCACCUGGUGCGAACAAGUAA